AUGCAACUCGCAAACAUCCGUCUUUCAGACCAAGGCAUCUUCUGGGCACUUGGCCACUUAUCCGCAUCGCAACGCGCCGCCCGCUUCCCCUGGGACUUUGAAUCUCACGGUGGCAUCCGUCAGGCGCGUGUCCCGCAAGACCCACCACUUAUUCGCAACUCGACAGCUAAAAGGAUCACGUCCUACGUGAAAGUGGGUGCGAUUUCACCCAGUCCCAAUCGCCCACUCAAUGCACAAGGAUACACCAUGACAUCCACCUCGGGGUCAGGUCUAUUAUCCCCCCUCAAGCAAGUACACAAUGCAGUGAAUCCAUCAACUCAGUCUAGCCGCCAAAAUACCCCUCUUCAUCAAGAUAAGAUCAAGGCUGAUAGUUCGGCUGUGUCCUCUCCGGGAUGUGAGGAGCUUGUUCAGCUGUAUAAGAAGGUCGCAGUUUAUUUGAGCAGCCAGCUUGAAACCGAGGCCAAUGACAUGGAGUUGGAGGUGCAGAACCACGAUGUUCAGCAUCUACUGACCCGAAUCAAAUACUGGAAGCUGAAGCAAGGUUCCACCUUCAACAAUAAAUGCUUGAAAUCGGUGGUCGUGGAGUUCUUAACGAGCGACUCAACGAGCACCAACACUUGGAGCUGA